ACAUGGUUUUUUGUUUCUACUUCAAUUCCCCAUCUCAUUCUUGGCUUCACAUCCUUCCCUCCAUUUUAUCCAUCUUCACUAUUUAUACCAGAUCCAGACAGAUAACAUCCAUCAUCCCCUUAAUUCGCAAUGGAACCCGCAACAAUUCUCGUUUUAUUUUCAUCAUUCUUCAUGUUUUUGCAACUUGGAGCUUCAAGGCCCAUCACUCCUCAUAUCAGUGUGAUGGGUAAGGUAUAUUGUGAUACAUGUUUGAACAAAUCCUUCAACACUCACAACCACACAUACUUAUUAUCAGGAGCUGAAGUUCGGAUAGACUGCAAAUUCAAUGCGGUUUCACCAAGAACAGAUGAGCAGAUAUUGUUUUCGGUUAACAGGACCACAAACCGCUAUGGAGUUUAUAGAUUGGAUAUGCGGGUGCCUUCUGUGGAUGGGAUCUUUUGUUCUAGAGGAGAUGCUGCGGUUUUGAGUAAGUGUCGGGCCACGCUGAUUAGAAGCACUUCAGCGUCGUGCAACAUACCUGGUUUAGCCGCCACUACGGAUGAAUUUUCGCUCACAUCCAAACGCGAUAGCGUGUGUAUUUACACCAUGUAUGACUUGAGUUUUGGAUCAGCUAAGAAAGAUCCUGUCAUUUGUGGAAAGUAAUUAUACUUGUCAGUCAAAUUAUUAAAGUUUUAUGUAAUAUUAUUCCAAUUUCUAUUUGGUGGGUUAUUA